AUGUCGUCUAUCUUUGAUAACUGCGACACGAAUGACUUCUAUUGCGAAGGUCGAUCAGACCCAUCCAUCGAUAUCGGGGUACGUUACUACCCGGAUCGCGAUCAGUGGAGUCCGGUCUUCAAUCCUAACGUCGUGCCUGAUGACGACGCCGUUGGCGACAAAGCCCCGACCAAUCCUGUUAGCGACAAGGAUCCCGCCGACGUAAAACCCAUCGUGGCUGACAAGGAAAAAGGGCCUGCCGAGGCCACUGUUGAUCCCACCUCGAUCAACACGAUCCUUCCAUCUGAGCUGGCUUGCUCAGCCUCGUUGGUCUACAUCCCCAAAGGGAUGGAGAUUGUAGAGACCCGGACUCAUUACUUUCCCUUGAAGGACAAAUGGCAUGCAAUUAACGACCCGUCUUGCCACUACGAUUGUUCUUCCAUUCCGGACAAGGUCCCAAUCCCUCGAUUGUUUCCCAAGCCUCAUCCAUUCAUCUGUGUCCCGUGGAACGUCCACGACCCCGAGCUUCCUCCUGGCCUUCCGGUUCCCUUCCUUCGAACUCUGAACCUUCCUGUCCCGGUCCCUACUCCGGCUCCGUCGACCUCGAGCUCUGAAUCUUCGUCCAACGACUCGGAUUCCUCGUCCACCUAUCCGCUCAUCUCCAAUUACAUCAACUUGAACCACCAAGGAGUCCAAAAGCUUCUCCUCGACGACAACACCCCGCCGACUGCCGUCUGCAUUUACACGGAGGAAGAUGUUAUGCGCAUCUUCGAAGGUAUCGCGCCGGAAUACGUCGAUAUGUGCUCAGAAUACCCUCCCUCGUCUUUAGCUGAAUCCGACCGCCGGGUUAUGUUCUUUGAGAACAUGCAGUGGUUCUUCAGAAACAAGAGAUCCACUUAUUUGAGCACCAGAAAGUUCUAA